GUUUGGCAAUGAUACCUAUGUAGGUAUAUAAGGUCAACAGCUCCAACUCUCAACUCGUAUUAUCCAUAGCGCUCACAAGAAUUACCUGGUUGCGAUAUUCACUAGACCCUAAUCCCCAAUGACGCAUUAUCUUUCAACUAAGCGAUAUCCAAUGGUCGGUAAGCCGUUCCAACUGAGAGAGUCCAUGUGGUCGCUCUCUGAAGUGGAGGUUGUUUGGUAAGGAAAAUUCUGCCUCUUCGUCAGCCUCAACUAGGCGCAGUAGCAGUACUACUCAUGCUACCGGUACAGAGAGUACAUGCACGUUGCCGGGUACAUACCUCUUAAGCCGGUCCCUCAAAUAAUUCGUCUCGCCCUAUCUCGAGUUGAGCUUUUCAUCCCAAUUACCACUGGCAAAUAUACACAGCCGGGCCACCAACGACCUUGACUUUCGUCCCAUUCAAACUCGCCUACACCUUUACUUGAUAAUAAUAUUUCGCCCCUCGCUUUGCACCAUUUCCCACCUUACCAGUCGGGUCUAGCACCCGGGUUUAUCGGCCGGCUUGUAUCCAUACUACCACAAGGCUGUCUACUGUUGCAAGACUAGUGACUCUCGCGACGGAGUCGUCACGUUAUCCUCGGUCUCGACAAUGGCUUCGCCCGCCAGAGACCGCAUGCCACCGCUAACUCUAUUGGCUCCCGUCCAACAUGUCUCUAGAAGCUAUGAGCCACGAAACGGCCCUAGGAUCAUUGUCGAACCAACACAGGAGAACCAAAGGAUAUAUAACGACAUCCGUCAGACGCAUGAACGCAUGCGCCUGCAAACCCACGUCGCGUCCCAGCAAAAUCCAGUGCCUCCCCCAUCUACUCUAUCUGUUAGUACUGUGCACUCACCAAUCGACGAUCCCGAGACGACUUCAACCCAAGAUGUCCCGGCACAGGACACGGAUCGGCCGAGACGGCCGCGAGGUAAGAGGAGAGGGCCGCUCAAAAAUGAUACGAGAUUACACACCGCACUGAAGCGUAAGCUCAAACUUGCUUGCCCGCAUCACCGUGCAAAGAAGAUAACAUGCGACUGCCAUGAUUUCAGCAAGCUGGAGGAAGGUUAUCCUAGCUUCACUCUUCCGCCAUCUCCAAAUCGCGGCAGGUCGCAUGAUCAUAAUGUCAACCUACCGCUCACGCCUGUAGAACAAACCCUGAACCGUGAAACGUUUGGCGCCGGCGGCGCUGCCAUGACGCCAUCAGAUCAAGAUGGCAUCACCAAUGACAUAGACUUGCAAUCGCCGUUCGGAGAUCACGAAGGCGUCAUCCGCUCAGAUGUGCGGCAAAUAGUCACCGGUUUUAACACCGCUUCGGUAUAUCUCGACAGCACAAUGCUUCAGGCCCCGGGGUUACCAUAUCACCCAGGUAACGAUAUCGGCUCGCAAUCGCCAAGGGAGCACUCGCAGGAAGAUCUUCUUGAGAUCGGUAGCCAGAUGCCAGCUUAUCCAAACCGUUGGCAGUGCGAGUAUAAGGGUUCGCCCGACACCGCGUCCGAGACUUCGUCGGAGUUCUGUCCCUGGUCGGGACCUUUCCGAGACUUAUCUUGGCACUUUAAAACAGCCCACCACCCUUUCUAUGACGCUUCUCCACGCUUCUGGAUUGUUUGUACACGUUGCCAUGCCAAAUCUCGGGCCACGGAUGAUCUCGAGUCGCCACUGCCGUCGCCCGGUUGUAGUCGAUAUCAUUGCUCGGGUCCUUACCGGCGAUGGUAUUAUGGAUCGACCAGGGAGGAGUCGACGUUAGGGUCGGCAGUAGCCUUGACUCAUUCCGACGAGUCAGAAGCUGGGUUUUCUUGCAACCUGCAACUAGAAGGAAACCAGUUGUGGCUAGGUGGUGAGGACCCGAUUGGCGGUCCCAUGGCGUACUUCGGAGCUGGUAGCUCAUACGAGCGUCCGCAUUCGUACGGAGACAAAUGGGAUACAAGUACCGAUACAUCCGACCCCUCUUCCAGCUGUAGCCAUUUAUCGUUAGACGAUGUCCGUAUUCGAAGCCGGAAAGACUGCGUCCAGUGGCAUCCAUCGGACAUGAGAAUGAAAAUGUUCAACUCCGUCUGUCAACCGAGGCGUUCACCUUUCCAAUAUCCCAUACGAUUAUCACCCUUUGCCAAACUGCCUAUUGGCCACCUUCUCUCGAUCAUAUUGCCAUUAGUAACUACGAUUAUUCGAGAAAGCGGCUACUUCACUGAGCGAACACCGUCAACUAUUCGCACUAUUGAUUCUGACGUAAUAAGUUGGUGGUCCUUGUUAUCACUCUUGAUUGGAUUUGCGACGACAUGGACUAUAAAAGAUAGAGCGAGAUAUUGGGCUAUUGACGAUUCUAAAUGCCGAGCUCACGGUCGCCACCAUCCUAAAAAUCGAUACCCCUUCGCCGAGCCCUCGCGAUGGCGUCGUUUUGGAGCUCUAAUAACAGCGUAAUGAGUUGGGAAUACUGCGAAAACAUACAUUCGCAUUCUGAUAUUUCGUCUUGUUGAUAUAUAGGUUAGCGAGCGGCUUCUUUGUGCAUAUUUUGCAUCGAUACCCCCUUCGUCUCUUUGGAAAUUGAGAUGAAUGCUCUCACGAGUUUCCGUUUUUUUUCCGUAUUAACAUUGGGUAAUAUGUGGAUCAGAAUUAUUACAAGAUAUGUAUGAACGAGUGAAUGUGUUUCUAAUUCAUAUUCAUACUUCCAUAAAUACUUAGAUAUAUAUGAAUGCACAUGUGGGUUCUACAGUACCUAAUAUAUCUACGUAUAGGUCAUGGGAAUUAUAAGUAUGGAUAGAUGGAUAGGUGGAUAUAAAUCUAUUCCUAAUUAUUCCUUGAUAUAUUUAAACAAUUACAUAAGUAGACAAACAUUGUAGAUAUUAAGUAGC